UGACGUCACCGUGGUGCGGCCGACGUCAGCUGUUGCUAUUCGACUGUGUCUGCGGCAUUAGUCAAUUCAUCAUGACAAUGAAUAAUUUCAAUGUCUGUCAAUGCUUGACAAGUCAUUAUGAAAAUUGACAAUUUCUAUGUCUAACUUUUAAGGCUUGAAUUUUGAAUUUUACGUAGAUUAUAAUCCAUUGAAAUCGGUUGUGAAAUGUAAACGCUAUUGCUUAACGUUUUUACGUUUUUUACUUAAACAUUUCACUUACUUAUUUUUACUUAUAAUAACGCUAACCAGUCUACUUCUAAAUUUAAAUGGCAGUCUUGCCCGAUCCAAGAUGGCGGAGCUUUUGACGUUUGAUUGGUGUAUCAUAAUCCCAAACAUUCAUGGUGGUACCAUGGUACAAUUAAUUUACUUUGUUGCUUCAAAGAUUACAAAAGACAGAGUUAUAAAAAUAAGAAGUGUAUUCUUGAGUACUGUACCAAGAUAUAGGGGCGUCACGUGACAUGCAACUGAAUAAAUUUAUGAGAUUUACUUACAGUACUCAAACAAAUUUUUAAAAUUACUUCAAAUUAUACAUAAUCCUCUUAAACACAAAAGCACUGAAAUUUUUGUAAAUGCAUUUAUUUACAUAGUUAUACAAAAUGGGGCAAAAUUGGAAAAGCAGGCGGUAAAAUUCACUAUUGCUGGACGUUUAGUGGCUGUACGCGAACUUGUCACUUGCGUGGUUUCCACAACGACCAAAGCCCACAGGAGGUCAGAGACAGAGUUCACAAUGCGCUCACGGCGGCAUGCGUUUUAUUCAUCUUCUCUGUGUAACCUUGUUAAACAAGUUAAAAAGUAAGUUUUCAUUUAUAGUAAAUUCAGAAUUGCUACAUAGCCUAUUUGUUUCAAACAUAAUCGACAUGUUUGUCAUGUGAUCACAAGGGUUGUCGUUUGUGUAGUUAAUUUUUAAUUACUAUUUACCUGUAAGCCACUUUCGAUUACAUUUAUUUUAUAUUUUAUGAAAUCCACCGUAUUGAUAUAUAUUGAUAGAAUGGGGGAAUGAUUUGGUAAUUUGAGGGAAAAUUGUUGUCCCUUCUGUUCAUUUAUGUAGUUUAUUGCUUUGGUUAACCAAUAAAGAUAUGCUACAUGCAAUGAGAAGACAUAGGAGAAAAUUAAAGGGGUCAUAUUAUGAGAUUUUUUUUAAAGAUGUAAAAUAAAUCUUUGGUGUCCCCAGAAGACGUAUGUGAAGUUUUAGCUCAAAAUACCCCACAGAUAUUUUAUUAUAGCAUGUUAAAAUUGCCACUAUGUAGGUCAGAGCAAAAAUGUACCAAUUUUGGGUGUGUCCUUUAAAAUGCAAAUGAGCUAAUGAAAUGCAAACACUGGUCGCAAUGAUGGUGGUUUGUUGUUAUUGAAACUCAAUUGUGCUUUUAUUUUUUCGGUCUUUUUCUCUGCACUAAAUGGCAGUGCCAUGGUUAGAUAGUGGCAGUAUUAUUUUAAUUGAACUUGCUACCUACAUAACAAAUCGGCCGAAAUCUGAACAACCUAAUUUUUCACAUGCUUGCAGAGAAUGGUUUACCAAAUGAAAGUUACUGGGUUGUUCUUUUUCACGUUUUCUAGGUUGAUAGAAGAACUGGGGACCCAAUUAUAGCACUUAAACAUGGAAAAAGUCAGAUUUUCACACUAUGACCCCUUUAAACAUAGUGGAUUUGUCUGUGGUCUGAGAAAUUGCUCAUUCCCCUAAAUGUUUUAGGCAUAAAUGCCAUUAAAUUUAGGGUUAGUCAAAUUUAGAUAUACCUUUUAUAAAAUAUAUACAUAUUUAAUCAGUGAGACAGUGCUGGCAGUGUUUUGUAAAUGCAAUAGGUACAUUUGUGCAUAUUUCAUACAGAGAACGGAACUCAUAACCUUGUUUAUAUUAUGAUUGAUGUUGAAAAUAAACUGUGCACUCUCCAUAUUAUAUAUUUAGAUUUAUAUAUUUAUGUAUAGUGUGCAUUCUUUGUUGAAUAAUAUUCACACAGGGUUUCUGUUUUAAAUUGAGCUUCCUCUGAGGAUGAACCCACUACAGAUCCACAAGUCUCAGUAACUUGAUUAGCCAAGCUGUCAGUAUUAAUAAGGCCAGACCUGAGAUCCAGAGGACGAGACCCAUCGCUGUGUCAGCUAGUUACCAAAGCCAAAAGGUGCACGGUAUUAUAUCUGUUGUGUUUUCUCGCCACAAUCAAUAUUUGAACUUUGGUUGAUGCAUCAUUCUGGGAAUGCUUGCAUUGUUUGUAUGUAAUAGACGUUUGUGCAAAAACAUGUAAUGUUGCAGUACCUUUUAUAGUUUAUAGUUUGUUUUCCUAAGCAAAUUGGUUUCAAAAAGCACUAUACUUUCCUUGUAACAAUUAAAACGUAAAUCAAUUUAGUAAAUAUUUAAUUACAUUUAGUAACCCUUCUUUUCAGUCUUUCUCUAUUUAAUUUCUAUUUCAGGCACUGUUGUGCACAUAUUAGAUGUGCUGUUGAAUGCAUCCUGACACCAUUCAUUAGUUUUAGCCCUUUAGUUAGGAACCGCUGUGUGUGUAUAUCUGAGAUUGUCGUGUGGGGAAGGAAGGGAAGGAAACGCUUUACAAAACCCCUGUCUCUUGGCAAGGAGAGGGCAAAUAGGACACAAACUGUGGGUGGACCUCUGUGACAAGCACCUUCAAAAAAAAUCAAGAGCACCACAAGUGCACACACUCGGAUAGAUUUGAGGAAACUGAGCUUAUUAGUUUAAGUGUAAUACCAUGGAUUAUAAAGGCGUAGGCUGACUGAUACCAAGUCCACAAACUAAUUGUUAAGCAGAUUUGUUUCCCAGCAGAGACGGAUUCCUUCACUGUUGUUCCAGAAUUCCAAAAUGUCUGAUCCCGCUCCGGAGGCUCACACCACUGCACCUGUGGUCCACCAGGACCGGACUGAUAAUAAUGCUUGCGCUUCAUUGGAGCCUACACCUGGACAUCUGAACCUGUCAUGCAGCCUCUACCAUUCAGACUCUGACCUGCUGGCUUUCCCUGAUUGUGAGGUAGAUGGGCCUCCGUAUGGCCGAAGUGAAUCCCUGUCCGACUGUGUUGUCGAGAGGAAGGAAACCAAGCAGAUGCCCUCGCUCGCCUCCGAAUGGGACGAGAUUGAAAAGAUCAUGACUCUAAUUGCCGGCUUUGAGAUCUCCGGGGAUCUUCAGCCAGCUGUGGAAGAUGCAGCGGGUAGCCGCGUCCUGGAGCAGUCGGUGGGGGAGUGGCUGGAACACGUGGGUUUCCCUCAGUACGAGAGCAAACUGGUGCUCAACGGCUUCGAUGACCUGCGCUUCAUGGGGAGUAACGUGAUGGAAGAUGAGGACCUUCAAGAGAUUGGAAUCACAGAUCCUGGACACAGAAAGAAAAUCCUUCAUGCGGCUAAAACCCUGCCAAAGGUAAAAGCUUUGGGGUGUGAUGGUAGCACGUCUCUGUCUUCAUGGUUGGACACUCUUGGUCUUGGAGAAUAUCUGCACAACUUUCUCUCCAGCGGUUAUCGAACCCUGGACUGCGUGAAGAACUUAUGGGAACUCGAAAUCGUCAACGUGUUAAAAAUCGGCCUGCUUGGUCACAGAAAAAGGAUCAUUGCAUCAAUAGCGGAGAGGCCCUAUGAAGAAGCACCCUCGAAAUCAAACCGCUUUGCCCAGCUUAAGAUUCAGGACCUGUUGUCUCAAAACACAUCAUCACUGGGUUUUUUGGACCCGUACACCAGCCGCUCGAUGGAUAUGCUGCUUCCACUGGGAGAAUCGGGCCGAAAGAGCCGAGCAUUGGACCAGGACGGCACCAUCUCUCUCCGCUCCUUUGGUGAACGGUCACGCUCGCAUGAUCGGCACGCAGAUCGACAGUCUCGUUUCAGCAUUCGUCCAUCCAGCCACUCCGCCACAUACACCACCGUCUCCACCUGGCACCAUCACCCUGAUAAACUCAUUACAGAGUCCUGCAUUUAUGAGGCCCGAUAUUUGGGCUCAGUAAUCAUUCGAGAUCUACGAGGGAUCGAGUCUACACAGGAGGCGUGUGCUAGAAUCAGGAAAUCUAAGGACCACCGGAAAGGUCCCGUCAUUGUUCUUCAUAUCACCUACAGAGGAGUCAAGUUUGUUGAUGCUGCCACAAAGGCAAUAGUCGCAGAGCACGAGAUCCAGAACAUCUCAUGUGCAGCCCAGGAUCCUGAUGACCUCUGUACAUUUGCCUACAUCACAAAAGACCUGAAGUCUGGUUAUCACUUCUGCCAUGUCUUCACUACGGUAGAGGUGACACAGACAUACGAGAUCAUUUUGACUCUGGGACAAGCGUUCGAGGUGGCCUAUCAGGUGGCUCUCCAGGCGCAGAAGGCCCGGCGUCACAGUUCCUUUGCAGGUCCAGCGACAGAAAAUGUAGAAAUCAAGAGCAGUCGGCCAACGUCUCAAUCCCGCAACAGUACACGUCGCGCCGUAGGUGCACCUGUGCUUGAAUGCCGCUGCUGUUACUGUCACACGUGCUCCGCCCACCGCCCCUCCUACCUCCCGCUGCCCUCCCUCAGCCCUGGAGUUCAGUCUCAUUUCCCGCUCCUCCACCCGCAGAUGGACCUCCUGGAUCACGAAACGGACCUGCAGUCUUUCGGCAGCACCAGUUGGCUCUACGAACCGCGGGACUCCUCCAGACCUUCGAGUAGCACCAAGUACGAGACCACCAUAUUUUGAAGACCCCGAUCCCGCCUGCUGCCCCGAUUCAACCCCGCCUGGUAAACUCUAGUGCCCCGUGCCUUCACACUGUGAUUUGUAGCCUUCCUCAGGGCAAGACUACUUCCUGCACCAAUCCUAUCCCCACUCCUUGCCCUCUCGGAGAGCCCAAUGCCUCCACCACCUUCUUUUUCCAUUUGACUGAAAAACCUGGAUUUGUCGUCUAACCAGCCUUCCGUCGUGAUCAGAAAACCUCGCCUCAGAAAGCUUCCCUCUUUUAUACGUCACGCUGAAUGUUUACGGUCCAGUUCCUCGUAUCAAAGGGUUCUCUAUCAUAAAACCUCCAAACUCGAGCCAACGGGUCCAACCGGGUAGCUUGGACAUUUGUAGCAUUUCAUCUCGAUGGACAUGUUGGCAGAACUUUAUUAGACAUCCACAAACUGCAGCAGCAAUACUAAUACUAAGUUUACGUACGUUCCCCAACAUGAAUGCGGCAAUUCUCCAUGGGCACUCCCCAAACCCUGUAGCACUAGAUCACUUUUCUCCAUUAGCUGGAUCCUAGCUUGAACCAUUUCUCCCCAGCACUCCUUCAUUUUUCAGAAGAUUGAUUUUGGUCAUCUCAAUUCACAUCCAGUGCUUCCUUUGUCUUAUCAGGCGUUUGCAGCUCUGAGAUUCGGAGGAAGAAAGACUGAUGCCUGUUUAGAUUUAACCUAGGUUUGGAUUUUAAACGUCAAGUGUUUGAGUGGAAUGACUAUGAUAUCCAAGACAAAAGUUUUAUUCUGGUUUCUCACUUAUGGGAAGGAAUUAGGUUUGAGGUUUUUUUUUUUUGAGGUUCUAUAUUUGUAACUUGUAACAUCACAUAGUAAAUGUGUUUACAUUUGGGUUCUUUAUGUGUUUAAUGGUUUGUUUUGUGAAAUGUUACUACUCUAAGAUUUCCACUGCAAAGUCCUUCAAAGGAGAGUGAAACUUAAUAUUUUGCUAUACGUAAAAAAUAGUUAAUUUUUUAACCGUAAGGGGCGUGUAUACCAAAGCUUUUUUAAUGAGCUUUGGUUGCUAUGAUUUUUCUGCUUUGUUUAUCAGUUGUAGAAUGAUGUGCCGGUUGGUUGUUGUGAUAUUUAUCCCACCUCUCCUCCACUGUCCCACUCAGCCCGAACGAAAUUUGCCAGCUACUGGCAUUUUUGAAAGCCACAGCAAUUACAUUGGAAACAAUUGAAAGCAUACGCCGGCCAUAGACCUAAACACUUUGGUGCACACGUCCCCUUAAUCAAUGUGGAAACACCUUUAGGUAGCCUGCACACCAAAGAGUUUACGCCCACGGCUGGCAUAUGUUAACUAUAUUUUUCCAAUGGAAGUGCCACGCUUCUCAAAAAUGCCAACAGUUGGCGGUGCUGAGCGCCGGCCCUCUGCAUUUUUUUUUUAAGAUUUAAAGAUUUUUGACUUUGGGUGAAAUGCUCAUUGUUCAUCUAGUCAAUGUCACUUUUUACUUGACCGUCCAAUCACAGUGAGGAGGGGCGGGACAAAUAUUACAAUAACCAUCUGGCUCAUCAUUUAAUGACUGAUAAACAAAGCAAAGUAUCAGCAUUAAGUUAAGCAGUUCAACUUGUUUGUUUAAGUUGUCAACUUAUCACAAGUGAAACCUUAAAGGGACACUUUACUUUUUUAGAAAAUAUGCUCAUUUUCCAGCUCCCCUAUAGUUAAAUAUUAAAUUUUUACCGUUUGGGAAUUUUUCCAUUCAGCUGAUCUC